AUGACUUGCGCUGGGGGGCAUCUUGGCGCUCUGCUGCGCUUCGCGUCGCAUAGGGUCUUGCGCGCACGCCUCGCGGCCCAAGUUGCAAUCUGCUUCAUCCUUGUCUACUCCCUGGCCGCGUUUGCGCCGACGUCGCUGUUUCGCGACGGAUACGGGCCCUUGCUGUUAUGGAGUGGGCGGAUAGACCCGUCCAUCACAAGAUCGACAGAGGACAUGCGUGUUGUCGUUUUUGGAUCGCAAGAUGUAAUGGGGAGCGCAGUGUCCGCUUCAGAUCCGCGUCGAUCGUCAUGGACCCUGCAGCUCUGCAAAGAGCUUGGCUGCACGUCAUAUCGCUCUCUCGUACCAUCGGCAGAUGCGCAACCCGGAUUGGCAUCGAACCAUCUAUACAAAACGUCCACGGACGAGUUCCUGCAGUCUGUUGAAGGCGCGGAUCUGCUGCAAUCGCCGGCCUCGGAUUACGACUUUAUCAAAUCGCAAUACCCAGUUCCCACGACGCCUGACCUCACCGCGCAAGUACGCGAAUUUCUUUCCGUACCGCCAGAGAGGAAGCAGUCGCGGAGCACCAUUUGGAUAUUCACCUUUGGAACGUGGGAGGUAUGGAACCUUGCCGCGCUACCUAUCGUGACGGCGAAUGAUCUGUUGGACGGCAUGGUGCAGCACAUUUUUCAGCAGGCGGAGCUCCUCUAUCUCAAAGCUCUCAAUCCGAGGUCGAUUGCAUUUUCCAAUUUCUGGACCGGCAUGGACCUGUCUGACAUGAAGAGACUAAUGGCCCCGAGCGCACCGAAGAAUGUUGACGAGCGAGCCUUGGAGACAUUUCGCAUACUCAUACCGAAGCUGUUCGACAUGACCCUGGCACCCGUAUGGCAGACACGCCCGGCCCCAACGUAUCCUCACACGAGGGCGGAACACAUGCGCAACGCCGUAGCCCUGACACAUCGCUGGAACGAGCAGGUCGAGCUGCAACUGGCGGCGUGGCAGAAUACGUCGCGAUCUAAGCCAGACGGCGUGGACAAUGAGCACGUGCUGACCACAGCUGACGUACCCACGAGCGACACGGCCAUGCAAGACUUGCUGGCGGCCCUGCCGAAUGACGUGCGCCCGGAGAAGGGCGCGGCAAAUGUCGCCUUUGCGCCGUAUCCGAAGCGGAUGGGCGCGCAGCUGGCGUCGACGGCGGACGGGAUGGCGGCGCUGAUGAUGAAUGUGGAAAUGAGGCACAGCGGCGCCCGUGACGCUGUGGGCAACGGCGCGCCGACGGCGAAUGCGUCACUGCCGUUUACCAAUGCGCGGGAGCCGUGCUUUGCGCGUGCGGUGGACAUACCCGAGGGACAGGCAGAGCGCGAUGGGAUCGCGUGUGAGGCGCCGGAUGACUUUUUGUUCCAUGAUGCGACUACGUUUAACCAGCUAGCGGUGGAUGAUGUCGCGGCGCGGACGGCGAGAUAUGUUUUGGAUCGUCUCUUUCCGCCUUGGAGCAACUUUCGGAAGGAAAAUAGAAGCUUUCGAAUCUUGGCUAUACCCAUCAGGUCUCCUUGGACAGUAUCGGCCACCUCCUUGUCGGCCCAGCCCUCAGUGUAG